CGCAGGUGCAGAUCGAAGAUGUUGCCCCAGGUUGCUUGACCAAGGCCGAGCUGGCCGAGGGCCAGCAUGACGCGCUGGCUGCGGUCACUCAGACGCCAUGGGCGAUCAUCCGGCAGAACAUGAAGCUAUUCAUGGUCCUGCUUAUUGUACAGUGCAAUGGUACUAUUCUUGGUAUCGAGAAUAUCCUGCUCGGCAACCUGGUCGGCGUCCAGUCGUUCUGUCGUGUGAUGGGAUCCUGGGACGAGAGCACAAGCGCAUAUGCUGUUGCUGCCGGGACUCUGUCCCUGUGGGCGGGUGUCUAUUCCAUUGCGCAAAUCAUCGGCAAUCUCUCUGCUGGAUGGGUGGCCGAUCGGUUCGGCCGCAGCAAGGCGCUGUUCACGUUCAUCGUCAUCAUCUACCUGGGCGUGAUGACGGAGAUCUUGUCAAAGAACAAGAACGACUUCACCGGGGCCAAGAUCAUCAUGGGCAUCGGCAACGGCAUGAACCAGGUGGCCACCACCACCUUUGUCGCCGAAGCCACUCCGCGUGAGAUCCGUGGCAUCACCAUCGGCCUCUACUGGCUGACCUCGGCCAUUGGGAAUCUCUUCUGCACGCUGGUGAUCUACGGCUGCAACCAGGCCUGGGGCAGCAACGCCUUUGACGACCGCGCCUGGAAGGUGCCGCUGUACAUCGGGCUGAGCACGCCGACCAUCACGCUGAUCCUGAUGCUGCUGCUGAUGCCCGAGUCGCCCUCAUGGCUGAUCCUGAAGGACCGUGUCGAGGACGCCAAGAAGAGUCUGCACAAGCUGUAUCCGCGCCGCUCGGUGGACGAGAUCAACCGCAUGACGCAUGAGCUUCAGUAUACGGUCUACAAGGAGCGGGAACUGCGUGACGCCGCCAAAAGCGCCUCCUGGCUCGAUUGCUUCAAGGGCGUCAAUCGGCUGCGCACGUUCUGUGCCAUUUUCCCCUCUCUCUCCACCCAGUUCGCGGGGACCCAGUUGAUCAACACCUAUUCCACCUACUUCUUCGAAAUCGCCCACCUGGACAACUCCCUCGAGGCGAGCGUGAUUGUGUAUGUGGUCGGCAUCGUCGCCUCCAUCAUCGCCUUUGCCCUCAUGGAUAUGCCCAAGAUCGGCCGCUGGCCUUUGCUCUUCUACGGCCUCAUUAUCAUGACGGUCAUGAUGCUGGCCAUUGCUAUUGUCGACAGCGUCGGCAACCCUGCUUCCGCCGGCUCUGGCAACGCUUUUGUCGUCUUCCUGGCCAUCUUCUAUGCCUGCUCCGUCAUCGGACCAGGUGUGGCAGGAUGGGCUUAUGCCGGUGAGACGGGCUCUGCAACUCUGCGCGCCAAAACCGCCACCCUGUCCAUGUGCUCAAACGCCCUGGUUGGAGGCGUCUUCAACAUCGUCAUCCCCUACGAGCUGGACGCCAUUGGGCCCAAGAGUGGCUACAUGUUCUUCGGGCUGGGCGCCAUCGCGCUUGUCUUUGUCUACCUCUGGGUUCCAGAGGUGACGGGGCGUACUUAUGCCCAGCUCAACGAGCUGUUUGAGCGUAGGGUUCCCCCGCGUCAGUUCAAGACCACCGAGUGUACCGGUGAUUACGGCAAUGGGGAGGCUUGAUCAUGAUGGUAAAGCAUUGAUACCUGAGGGUUUACAAUAUCUAGAUGGU